AUGAUCCUCGCGGCAUUCUCACGAUUCGAGCCUUCGUCUCGUAUCUUCCCGCACGUGCUCCGGCCCGCUGCGCGCCGCAGAGCCGAUUCGCGGUUUGUGCUGCGCAGGCGUCAAGUUCGAGAUGUCAGGAUGAAGUCUGGUCAGCCAGCCUCGGUGGUCUCGUCACCCUCGACGCUCGCGAAGAACGGACCAGGCUCUACCAGCGUGUUUCAGCAUGACACCAGACCACGUGUUUCCCUGUUCUCGUCUACGUGCGAAGAUUUCGUAGUCGGCCACACCACAGAUACCUUCUGCAACGCUCUGUUCAACCUGUGGCAUCAGGGAUUUCUGGGGCAGGGAUCCCACCACCAUAUCGUGUUCGUCGGGCACUCUAUAUCCUACGGCGCUCGUGUCAGUUAUGGUGCACACUUUGAGCCGGAGGCGCAUCCCAGGCCAGGCUGUUCGGCCUGUAGGAAAAUGGGAAUCGAGAAGAAGAUGGCCACACGCCGGAGCCUCCGGUGCGGCUGGAGAUUGACUGACGGCACGGAGGACGGGCUCGGCUCAGGGCCGUAA